GUAGAAAUGAAGAAGAGAUGAAAAAGUUCCUGUCCGAAGCAAAAGUUUGACAAAGUCCAGGAUAGAUGGGGUAAGUGUAGUGGGAGCCAUGUGGCGUCUUUAAUUACAGAUAAACUAAUGAACACACCAAAAAAGAUUCAUCAAGAUCUUUUCAAAUCGUCAGACGUCACAUCCCAUCUUAAAAUCUGAUAACCGAAAACUUGUUCAAGCUUCGUCUUCCCCCAAUCACUUUUCUUCUUCCUCAGUUUCUGGGUUUCAUCAGAGAAAGAGAGAACGAGUCAGAGACCCAGAAACCCAUCAUCUUAAUUUGACUUUCUGGUUCGUAAAUAAUCUGACUUUUAGAUUUUCUCUGGUAAAGGCUUCAUUUUUAUAGAAGAAACUCUCCAAAGUUUCAAUAUAUAUAUUUUUUUUAUUGUUAUCCACAGGACUCUCUCUCUCUCUCUCUCUCUCUCUCUCUCUCUCUCUCUCUUGUUUGAUGGGUGAAGAGAUAAUCCAAAACGAUGAAAACAGCGCAAAGACAAAACCAAGUCCAAAACUAACACUCUUGCCUCUUGUAUUCCUCAUCUUCUAUGAAGUCUCUGGCGGCCCUUUUGGUGUGGAAGACUCUGUCAAAUCAGGUGGUGGUCCUCUCUUAGCCCUUCUAGGCUUCCUUAUCUUCCCUCUGAUCUGGAGCAUACCCGAAGCUCUAGUCACACGAGCCGAGCUCGCCACAAGCUUCCCGGAGAACGGAGGCUACGUGGUCUGGAUCUCUUCAGCGUUUGGCCCCUUCUGGGGGUUCCAGGAAGGUUUCUGGAAGUGGUUCAGUGGCGUUAUGGACAAUGCUCUCUACCCUGUGCUGUUCCUUGAUUACUUGAAACAUUCUUUCCCUGUUUUGGACCAUGCAGCUGCUCGUGUUCCUGCUCUGUUAGUCCUCACGUUCUCGCUGACCUACUUGAACUACAGAGGGUUGCAUAUCAUUGGCUUCUCAGCUGUUCUGCUAGCUGUCUUCUCCCUCUGCCCUUUCGUUGUGAUGGCUUUGCUAGCGGUUCCUAGGAUCAGUCCUAAGCGUUGGUUGUUUGUGGAUUUCAAAAAAGUUAACUGGAGAGGCUACUUCAACACCAUGUUUUGGAAUCUGAACUAUUGGGACAAGGCUAGUACUCUUGCUGGGAAGUUGAGUCCCCCGGGAAGACGUUUCGAGGCUUUGUUUGGAGCUGUUUUGCUGGUUAUGGGAUCUUAUUUGAUUCCCUUGAUGGCGGGGACUGGAGCUUUAAGCGAGUCUUCUUCAGGUGAGUGGAGUGAUGGGUAUUUUUCUGAGGUUGUGCUUAUUGGUGGCGUUUGGCUCAAGGGUUGGAUACAAGCUGCUUCUGCUAUGUCGAAUCUUGGACUGUUUGAAGCUGAGAUGAGUAGUGAUGCUUUUCAGCUUCUUGGUAUGAGUGAGAUGGGGAUGCUCCCUGCGUUUUUCGCCCAGAGGUCAAAGUAUGGGACACCGACGAUUAGUAUUCUGUGCUCAGCGACAGGAGUCAUAUUCUUGUCAUGGAUGAGCUUUCAAGAGAUCAUUGAAUUUCUGAAUUUAUACGCGUUAGGAAUGCUUCUUGAAUUCGCAGCCUUUGUGAAGCUAAGGAUCAAGAAGCCGGAUCUUAACCGACCUUACAGAGUUCCCUUAAACACCUUUGGAACUUUGAUGCUAUGUCUGCCUCCUUCUUUGCUUCUCAUCCUUGUGAUGGUUUUGGCCACCGUGAAGACGUUUUUUGUCAGCGGUGUGAUUAUUGUUGUUGGGUUCUGCUUGCACCCGUUCUAAAUCGUGAAGGAGAAACGAUGGGCGAGAUUCAUACCAGAGGAAACAAGACCAGUUUAAGUUCCAUCCGAGUCUCAGUUGGAUGAAGAACAUGGAGAUGAGUCUUCUGCUAGCCUUCUCCCAUGAACUUUACACACACAAAGACAGAUCAACGGAAACUCUGUGAUUCUUGGACAUGUCUAAAAAAGAGACAUGGACUUGUGUAGUUUAUUUCUGUCUUGUUCAGCAUAUGGUUUAGAGUACACAAACGAAAAAAGUGUAGCAACAGACCAACAGUAAGGUGUCUCAGUCGAUUUGUCUAUGAUUACCGUAUGAUUAUGUAUAUAUAAAUGUAUACAUCAUAAUCAUUAUCUGCUAUGUAUAUGAUGCAGUGAAUGUGUGUAUUCAAAAGAUGAAGCUGAAAUAAAUUGUUAUUUUUUGUAAA